AAAAGUCGAGUGACAGUGACUGUGAUGUCUCUCAUGAAUCUUGUUUGCAGUCAUUGUUAGAUCAGCCAAAACCCGGAGAUGUGAGCUAACAGUGAAAACGACCUCUGUAGUCAGCAUAGAAGUUUUGCACGUUGUUCGCUUAUUGUCAUUCAGACAUACAAGAAAGAACGAAAACGUUUCACAGGAAAUGAUGGUGUAGCGGCCGCUGUAUGGCUUACAUCGCUAGGUCUGAUUCUCGUCGCUCAUACACAAGAUCGAGUAAAUUAAGAAAAUUAUUGUUCAACGUGUGGACUAAUAUUUUACUUCAUUGCAGAAGUGUGAAUAGAUGUUUCUGUUGCUUGCUAGCAACAACUAGUACAGUAUUGCUGUUACUGUAUGGAUCACUCUACGUCCAUCUUUCUAAUGGUAGUCGUAUCUACGACCGAAUCCAUUCUUAUUAUCUGAGAAACUCGACAUUGGCUAGAGUAUUAAAAGAGGUGCCUAACGUGGAUAACAAUAACAGGAAUAAAAGCUUAGUAGUCAGCACUCAAACGAGUCGACCGACUUUAUGGCAAGAAGUUGGCUGUGAAAGCGCCAGACCUCUCUUGCUUUGUCGCAGAACAAAAAGCACAGGUUCAACGUUAUCUCUCGCCGACAAAUCCGUCUUCUCAAACAUCAGUCUUCUCAACGUGAGGCCGCGGUCAUGUGCUCUAGUCGGUUCAUCGGGAAGGCUCUUGAAUCGAACCUACGCUGACGAUAUCGACGCACACGACGUUGUCAUACGAGUGAACGAUGCUCCGGUUCAUCCUUACGAGAAAUAUGUUGGCAAACGCAUUCCUGACGUUGCGUUCAUCAAUCGAGCAGUCGCACGGCCAGGCAAGUGUCUAAAAACUGUAAACAAACAAACUUUGAUUGUUCAAUGUUACCACCAGGAUGGAAUUAGCAAAGUUACGUCAUCUUGCUCGACACAUGGACCCGUUUUUGCCAUUUCUCAGCAUCUUAUUGACACUACUUUCAGGAUUGUGUCAACGUACAGGAAAAAACAUCACAUCACAGUUGUACAGUAUUCAACAGCUGGAAUGUAUGCAGUCAUCUUUUCUCUCCAUUUGUGCAACGAGCUUGAUAUCUACGGAUUUGGUGCUGCUAAAGGAGAAUUAUAUCAGUACUACAGAAACAUUACCUCAAUCGGUUCUAAGCACAAUUUUAACUUGGAGCAGGAGUUUCUUCAAAAUAUUUCGGACAAUAUGACAACACCUGUUGACGUGUCGUGGAUGGGCUGCAAAAAGGUGUUCUUUCAUCCUUGAUAAAUUUUAUUUUAUUAUUUUCUCAAGUUGUUACUUACGUACGCGUAUACAGUGUCAUGUAGAACUUGUUGUAGCUUAAAAGUUAUUUAGAAGAUUGAACUUGUUGUAGCUUAAAAGUUAUUUAGAAGAUUGAAAGUGAAAUCAGUAAAGUGCAUAUGUAAUUUAUGAGGAAGGACU